CCUCAUCAAAGACCACAGAACCACAGGUUUUGAGCAGGUUUUGUUUUGAAACAACCACAAAAGAGAGAGAUACAUAGAGAGAAAGAGAGAGACAGAGAGAGAGAUAACCGGGAGUUGGCAGGGGGGUGAGUUUGGGAUUUUUUUCAGGGCUUUAGUUGAUAUUGUUUGAUUAUUUUUCUCUUAAUCGAUCAGCUGAGAGCUAAUAGUGUUUCAGCAUUGUCAGUGGGAGGGACUGUGAAGUUGAGUAAUAUACCACAGAAAGAGGAAAUGACUAAACCCAUCAGAACUGGAGGCAGAGACAUUUAGCAAUUACAACGAUAUGCAUUUUUAAUACUUUCAAUUCCACAAAAGUGUCUUAAUAGUGGAUUGGAGUUUUUGUGAACAUCAAUGAAGCUUUAGUUGAGUUCAGAAUGAAGAUCCUCCUCAUCAUCCUCACCUUCCACCUGAUCUCAGGUCCAGUGCACUGCUCUGAUGUGAUUGGUUACCCUGGAGGUUAUAUCAUAAUUGAUUUCAAACACCCAAUUAAUAUCAAGUCUACUGUAUAUUUUUGCAAAUUUAAAACACAAACAGUGUGUGAACCUCUGAUAACAGCUCAGGGCAGUCAGCUGCUCACAGGGGUUCAUAAGGACAGAUUUACUCUGUUUGGCUCCAGUGGAUUAUUCACACUGAUAUUCAGAAACCUGAGUUUACAGGAUACUGGAAUAUAUCAAAUUGGAGUGAUUGGACUGGCAGGGAAUCAUAACAUUAACCUGAAAGUGAACAGUGAUCCAUGUUGUAGUGGGACAAGAACAGUAACAGGUUAUUUGGGACAGACUGUGACGAUCAGCUGUUCCUAUCCAAGGGAGUUUAUAACAAACACUAAGUCCUUCUUUAAACUGGACGGUCUCAGUGUAACUGAAGUGAUCCUCACUAGUGGAAGAGAACCGCAUCAGGAUGGCAGAUUCUCCAUUUCUGAUGAUGGGAGGAAUAAAGUUUUCAGUGUGAACAUCAAUGAUGUGAGAGAAGAUGAUGGAGGAGUUUAUUUCUGUGCAGUUGAUAAUGAAGGGACUGCCAUUAAUUAUCACUCGCUCUUCACAGCAAUUCAGCUCCAAGUCAUUGAAGUACCACAAGACACAACAGAGAAUCCAGAUGGCACAUCAGACACAACUCAGCCUGGUAAGACUACCAUGCUGCAGUGA